AUGGUAGGUCAGCCAUCAGAUUCUGUUCCCGGACCUCCUUAUGUGAGAUGGAAAUUGGGAUCAACAUUUGAGGAUAUGUCAGUGAAUCCAGCCGCAGAUGCUGGAAUUGAUGAUUCUAUUGCUCGAAGUUUGAAUAAAGGAAAUGAAACAGUUAUAGAUGAAGAAGUGACAACGACGCAAGAAGGUAACCAUAUUGAUGAAUUGCAAGCUAAUGAUAUCAGGAAGAGGAGCUUAUUGGAUAGAGUGAUACUUUCAAGAAAAGGAGUUUACAGAGUUCUAGAGAGUAGGAUAACUGCAAAUGGUGUAGAUGGAAAGAAAUGCCUCCUACGUGCUAUAUGCGAAUCAGCAUCAAAUUCACUGUUAGAAGCCAAUGGAGUCUUAGGUCACAUUCUGCAUAUCAUUCUCACGCCGUCGUCAUCAACAGAUGAAAAUCUACCGACGGAAUAUAAUAAAGCAGAAGAACUAGGUUAUAAGAACGACUGUAUAAAAUAUGUGAGAAAGUGUAAUUUAAGCUUACUUGAUGCCAUCUCUACCUUUGUAUAA